CGUGUUUCCGUUUUCAAGGAGGGAAGGCAGCAGCGUGCAGCUGUCAUCAUCCUAUAAGUGUGUGCAUCAGUUGGGUAGGGGUUGAAGAUGUCAGGCCCUCGAGACUCUUGGGAUUACCGACACGGCUAUGAUCGUGAUCGCGGAUGUGACCGCGAGCACUACCACGGACACAUCGAAGGUGGCCGUGAGCCGGUUUUGGACAAUCGACGCGACCGGCAGGGAGAUUCUCGUCAAGAACGAUAUCGGGAUCCGCCAAGGCGAUCUGUUCCCGUAUGCUACGAGUGCGGUGAACCUGGACACUAUAAAAAUCAGUGUCCCAGGUUAGUUGGCGAGAGCAGCUCUAAGUUUCCCUCAGGUUACCGUGGACGCUCGACUUCUCCAACGAACAGGACGCGAGUGCGAGAAUCACGAUCGGCUUCCAAGGAACCAGCUCUACGCAAGCAACUUGAUGACCUUGCUAGCUCCUUAGCUACGAUGAAGAAUUAUAUUGAUGCUGAACAGGCUCGCAAGGAGGAGAAGGAGAAGGAGAGGAAGGAGAAGGAGAGACGUAGGCAAAAAGAACAGGAACGCGAGCAGAGGGAAGAAGAGGCAUGUUUGGUUCGGGAGAAGCGGGACGAAAAAAGACGUGUCAAGAAAGAAGAGGCAAAGCGCAAGGAUGCGGAGUUUCGUGAAUCUUUACCAAAGGAACUGAAGAUGGAGGUCCGCCGACACGUUGGGGGGGAAUGGGAGGAACUGCAACAUCGUUUAGUCGAGACCUUACCAAAAAGUAAGGUCAGUAAAGGCAAAGAGCAGAUGCCAGUUUACAAAUCUGAUAGUGACAAGGAGGACUCGGAUAAUAGUGAUGUUGCAACCCUCAAUGAGCAAGCUGAAGAAUUGGCGAUUAGUGAGAAAAGGAAGCGCAGCGUUGAACGAGCUGUUGGGAACAGCCCACCGUUGGAAACUCCGGCCAAAGGACGUACUAAGCGGGGCCUGCUGGACACGAAACGCCUCGUCCUUAGCUGCCGCCAUCCAGCGAUGAAGAGAUCGCCUAACGAGAAGACUUCGCUGCGAAGCAAUAUGAAGAAGAAGAAGAUUCCAGCGACUGCGGGCGCUCAGGGGAAGGUGCGUUAUGUCACGGAGAACUUGCAAGAAUUGGGAGGUUUGAAUGUCGAUGAACUCAAACAGAUCUGUAAAGAGGAAGAGGUGCAUUUUGAGGGAAAGAAGAAGAUGGACACCAUAUUGGCGAUUACGGAGAAGCGCACUCAGGUCGCUUACGGUUGCGAGGAGCAUGAGGAGGAGACCGGCGAAGAUGUUACCGAGGAAGGUUUUCCCUACCCACGGGUGGGAGACCACGUUCGUUUCCGAUUGCAGGAACUGGAAGGGGUCAAUCCCCUGAUCUGUAAUGCAAAUAACGUACCGAAACUGGAUGCGGCAGACCGUGAAACUCUGCUAGCACAGGAGAUUUCAACCGGAUUCACGACGUGGAUCAACUGUGGUAAAAAGGGUGUCUCUGUUCAGAGAUGUGAAGUUGUGCAAUGUAUGUCGAAGCCUGUGACUGAAGGUGGGGAGUACUUGGAUUCGAAGGAGGUGGAAGCUUUGAGAGUGAGAUUGGAUGGGUUGGUACUCACCCCAUUGGAUGGGAAUCCAGGCGAAACUUUAGUCAUGUGUCCUAAGCUUUAUUUUGAUGCUAUGAUGAAGAUGUUCGUUUUGUCCUCAGGUUACACUAUCAUCGAGGACAGCGAGAAGGCAAUUCUUCAGAAGAUGUUGGCUGACGUAAAAGCAUCGGGUUUGCAAAAGUUCGCUAAGUGGGAUUCUAAAGGGAAGGGAUAGAAACAGGGCGUUUUUCGGAGUAUGUGUGAAUGACCCAGGUGUUGCCUGAAGUAGGCCUGAUUGGUUUUGUGUGAGUUUCGCUUGGGCCGGCAGUGGGUCUGGGCUCGUACUGUUGACCUUUGGACAGUAGGCAGGUGUGAUGUUUUUCUUUUGGGUGGUUUUGUGUGGUUUUGACUUGUUUUUGUAUGAGUAUCGCUUGGGUUGGCAGUGGGUCUGGGCUCGUACUGUUGACUUUUGGACAGUAGGCAGGUGUGAUGUUUUUUUUCUUUCUUUGCCAUUGAGCCGAACGUUAUCUGCGCGCCUGGUCUGUCUACGACAGACGAACUGGUAGGUCCAGAAUAAAUACAGCAUUUACGC